AUGGAUCCUCCAACGUCGGCUCCUCGCACUGCUUCGGCCCAACAACCACCAGCUCGUUCCUCCCACGCCUCACCGACCAGUCCUCCCGAACGCCCGCUGCUCAGCUGCACUCCACCUCCCACCGAUAACAAAACUGGGCCUGAUCCAAUGGCCGGGCGGGACCAGCGGCCUGGACCGGUGACGACCUCCGAAACGACGCCAACACACGAGACCCGCUUGGAAGCCCCCACGACCGUUGGCGAAACAGGGAAAUCAACCAAAGCCUCCAAGCGCAAAAAAAACCGCCAGCGCAAGCGCCGCAAUCGAAGGCAAUCGUUCCUGGUUCCUGCCAACGAAGAAUCUCAUGACCGGCCUGGCACUGCUUCCGGUGCUGGAGAUGGAAAUCAGAUGGAAAGCGAUCGGCCAACGUCCAGGGAGAACCCACGAUAUUACAAAUUUGGAAGCAAUUUGAGUACCACGAGUCUGGAGAGUGAUGCGCUGUUAGACCAUCGGGACCAACCCAUGAUGAGGCCGCGCCGAGAAAGUCGCCUUGCACAAUCGUUCCGCCCUGGCCCUCUGCUGUCGAACGCUUUCCGGUCUGGGAAUCGCAAUAAUCCCGGCGGGGAUCGGAAUCAACGUAAUGCGGAUGGCGAUAUCUGGAUCGUCGAAUCUUUCGCCUCGGGACAACCCCCCCCAAACAUCUCCCCGGAUGCCGAACGAGAUUAUGAUGUCAAUAAUCCCCCGUCCAUACCGGGUACCCCAAAGCUCGGCGGGGAUUUGAAUUACGAUGAUGCCGUUGUGACUGGCGUCGACUUUGAUUUCUCAUUGGGCCUCUCCUUGGACAACCGCAGGGACUCGUUCGGCCGGUUACGUGAUACACUGAUCGAUAUCGAGGGCAGCCAUGCCCCGUCACAAUAUUCGGAACCUUCCUCUCCUCGUUCUCCGCGACUUUCUCAGGAGCUGCGGCGGCGUCGGACCGUCGCACUGCCCGUGGAGGAAGACGUGUGCUUUCCCAAUGAAGAAGUCUCAGAACUAGGAGACGAAGGACCGAGGAUGCAGCGGGACGAGGCCAGUGAACGUCGACGGAGAAGACACCGACAAUGGCCGGAUCUGUCAGUUCUGCAGGAGUGGAGCCGCGAGGAGAAGGAAGACCGCAAUGGUGACAUCCGUGUCAAGAAGAUCAGUGAGCCGAUGUUGGUCGAGGGCCGUUUACGGCCGCAGUACCAAUUGUGGCGGCGGGAGGAAGACGAAGCGCCAUAUCGAUUUACGUACUUCAACGAGGAGUUUCAGAGCACCAUCCAUGCUCAAACUAUCUCUGAGCUGGUGCAACCCGGUUGUGGUUUCCAGGAAUUGUUCAUCCCUGAUCCUCCAGAGCUUGAAGAAUCGUCCGAUGACGAGGAUAUGGAUGGCUCUCAUUAUGGUGCUGACGGUCAUUUCGCGGACAGCGGCGGACGAGGAUUGGGCUCGCAUCAUGCGGAUAACCCUCCAAACGGUGGCGUCGCACCUCCCAAUAGAGCAUCACAGGACACCAGUCCUGGAGCUGCCAGCAAAGGGAACCCCCGCUUGUCAGUUAUCAGUGAAGGAGUUUCACAGAACAGGGGCGUGUCGCCUUCACAUUCGGAAGUGCCGUCGAAGCCAAAACGAUACGGCCCUCGACCGACCUUCUGGCUGGAUGUGUUAUCUCCCACCGAUGCCGAAAUGCGCGUGAUCGCCAAGGCGUUUGGCAUUCACGCCCUUACAGCUGAAGAUAUUAUGAUGCAAGAGGCCCGGGAGAAAGUCGAGCUAUUCCGCAGCUACUACUUUGUCAACUACCGCACAUUUGAGCAAGACACAAACAGCGAAAACUACCUGGAGCCCGUCAACAUGUACGUUGUGGUCUUCCGCGAGGGUGUUCUCUCCUUCCAUUUCUCGCAGACGCCACACCCAGCCAACGUGCGCCGACGCAUCCGCCAGCUGAUGGAUUACUUGAUUCUGAGCUCUGACUGGAUCUCCUAUGCUCUCAUCGACGAUAUCACCGAUGUGUUCGGCCCGCUCAUCCAGGCCAUCGAAGACGAGGUCGAUGAGAUAGACGACUCAAUCAUGCAGAUGCACCCCUCCACCACAGAAGCCUCAUCUCACCAAAUGGCGCCGCCAAUGGAACCGAGCGAAAUGCUUCGCCGCUACGGCGACUGUCGCAAAAAAGUCAUGGGACUGUACCGCCUGCUCAGCAACAAAGCCGACGUCGUCAAGGGGUUCGCCAAGCGCUGCAACGAGCAGUGGGAGGUGGCGCCCAAGUCGGAAAUCGGCCUGUACCUGGGCGAUAUCCAGGACCAUAUUCUGACCAUGACGAGCAACCUGUCACACUACGAAACGAUCCUCUCCCGUGCGCAUUCGAACUACCUAACGCAGAUCAAUAUCUUGAUGAAUGAGCGUCAGGAGAAGACUGCUGACGUAUUGGGUAAGCUCACUGUACUGGGUACGAUUGUCCUGCCUAUGAAUAUCAUUUGUGGCAUGUGGGGGAUGAACGUCAAGGUUCCUGGUCAGGAAAUUGACAAUUUGAAUUGGUUCUGGUGCAUUGUCGCUGGCCUGGUCGUGUUCGCCUUUGUCUCCUUUCUCAUCGCCAAACGCGUCUACAAAAUCGUCUAA